CAGCAGAAGCCGCCGCCGCCGCCGCCCGAGCGCUCCCCGUUCUCGUCGCCGAAGCGCUCCCCCGCCGCUCGAGUGCUCCCCGUUCUCGUCGCCGAAGCGCUCCCCGCCGCUCCACCGCCGCAGCCGCCAUGGGUAAGGUGCACGGAUCGCUGGCGCGGGCCGGGAAGGUGCGGGGGCAGACGCCCAAGGUGGCGAAGCAGGACAAGAAGAAGCAGCCGCGCGGCCGCGCCCACAAGCGCAUCCAGUACAACAGGCGCUUCGUCACCGCCGUCGUCGGCUUCGGCAAGAAGCGCGGCCCCAACUCCUCCGAGAAGUAGUAGAUCUUGGUGGUCUCGCGCCAGCCCUCCUUUUUUUUUGUUUCCGUUCCAGUAUGCAUGCUAAGAAGACCUAAUCAAGUAUCUGUAAUUUACUGUGAUGUUGGUAAUGGAAAUCUCACUGCAUUGUCCAGUUAAUUUUUUGCCA